AUGGCGCAACCGACAGCAGAGAAACUCCCGGCGUAUGCCGCUCCAGCACCGGGAGGGCUGGACGACCACACCUCAGCAUCGGACACGAAGGGAGACCUCACGCAAAUUGACUCAGCAGAGGUACAGGACUUUGUCUACGUCCCCGACACGGAGGAGGAGCGCAAACUCGUGCGCAAGAUCGAUAUCCGCCUCAUCCCCAUGCUCUGGGUCAUGUACAUUCUGAACUACCUCGACCGCUCAAACAUUGGAAACGCGAAAGUUGGCGGAAUGGAGCAGGACCUGCAGCUCGACAGCACAAAGUACUCUGUUGUGCUGCUCAUCUUCUUCAUCGGAUACCUACUCUUUGAGGUGCCUUCCAACAUGAUCCUCGCGCGCUCACGGCCGUCGCUCUUCCUCCCCGCGCUCAUGUUUACGUGGGGAGGACUCUCGAUCGCCCCCGUUGGCAUUCACAACUUUGGCGGCAUGGUUGCGUUCCGCUUCAUUCUUGGCCUGAUCGAGGCCGGUUUCUUCCCUGGAGUCAUGCUCCUGCUUAGCUGCUGGUACAAGCCGCGCGAGCUGUCGAAGCGCAUUGCGCUGUUUUACACCGCCGCCCUGCUCUCUGGCGCCUUUGGCGGUUUGCUCGCCGGCGGCAUCAUUAGCAGCCUGAACGGCCGCUCGGGGAUUGCGGGAUGGCGCUGGCUGUUCCUGAUCGAGGGGCUCAUGACUGUCUUUGUUGCCGUUGUGGCCGUGUUCGUCCUCCCCGACUACCCCGCGACGACCAAGUGGCUCACGCCGCGCGAGCGCCAGCUCGCCACGAUGCGCCUGCAGGCGCCCGAGUCGCAGGGCGAGGAGGAGCCGCACAUGGGCCACUGGAAGGCGUUCCUCGCCUCGAUCUCGGACCUCAAGACCUGGGUGUUCGUCAUCAUCUACAACCUCAUCAAUAUGGUCGGCACGAUCCAGUACUUCUACCCGACCCUCAUGCAGUCGCUCGGGUACACGGGCAAGAUGGCGCAGUACAUGACCGUCCCGAUCUACACGGUCACGCUCGUCGUGAGUGUCAUUUGCGGCUUCAUCGCCGACCGGACACACAACAAGGGCCCGAUCACCAUGUUUGGGUGUGCGCUUGCGUGCGUGUCCUUCAUCAUCACCGUCGCCGUGCCCAACGAUCACGCAAAGUACGCCUUCAUCUGCUUCGGCGCGGCGGGCAUCUGGACAGCAGUUCCGUGCUGCCUCUCCUGGGCCGUGACCAUGUUUGACGGGCGCGAGAAGCGCGGCGUCUCCAUCGCCCUCAUCAAUGGACUGGGAAACCUCGCAAGCGUCUAUGGGUCUUGGUUCUGGCCCUCGGACACGGCGCCAAAGUACAUCAUGGGCUUUGCGCUGUGCUCGGGCUUUGCUGGGUUCGUGUUCUUUGUCACUUGGUUCGCCUACUGGCGCUACGGGGACAAGGGCGUGCAGCGCAAGUCAUAG